UGUCAUUUUACACACACACACACAGUCCUUUUUCAUCCAAUCUAAAGCACUCUCUCUUGUUUCCUUCUACCUCCAUUAUUGCUUCCUAAAACCCUAAAAAUGGAACAUCCCUUCUUCAUCAAUAGCCCGCCCCCAACAAACCCAUCUGAAGCAAUACGAUGGCUAUCAAUCGCUGAAAAACUCCUCACAAAUCGUGACCUAGUCGGCAGCAAAUCAUUUGCGACCCGUGCCCGUGAAUCCGACCCGACAUUAUCACACGCUACCGACCAAAUACUCGGCAUCAUCGACACCUUAAUCGCCGGCGACAAACGGAUUAACAACCACUACUUUGAUUAUUACUCUAUCCUCCAAAUCCCUCCUAAUCAAACCCAAGAUUUCGAAUUCAUCGCCGAUCAGUAUCGCCGAUUUGCUCUUCUUUUGAACCCUCAGAACAACAAUUUUCCAUUUUCAGAUCAGGCUUUUCGCCUUGUUGUUGAUGCAUUUUCAGUUCUUUCUAACCCCCUGAGGAAAAGUAUGUAUGAUAAAGAGCUGGGUUUCUUCGUUAAUCUUUACCCAGUUGCUUCUACACCUACCCCUGUGAGUUUUGUGCAACAUGGUGGGUAUUCUGAAAUACCUGGUUCAACUGCAGACCAGGUGUUUGUGAAUUUGCCUAGUCAAGAUCAAGGGUCACAUGCUGCUGGAGUAAGAGACCCACAAGCUGGGUUUUCUAUGCCAGUCACAUUUCUGAAUCGUGAACAAGAAUCUGUGACUUCUAUGGCAAGCUCGGGUACAGAGCAACAACAUCAGCUGCAACAACCUGGAACAUUUCUGAGACAACAGACACAACCAGUGAGCUCUGUUUCGUUUUCAAACACAGAUGAACAACCUGUGACAUUCUUCAAUUUAAACCAACCUCAGCCGGUUACUUCCGAGAGAAGCUUAAAUAGAGAAAACACACCAUUUGGCAAUGGGUUGAGCUCGACCCGAGGGCGAGAGCCGGUGGUUUCUGUUGAGCAGCAUGGUAAUCAACAGCCCCCUGAUAGAAAUGAGAAUGUGGUAACUUCCGAGAGAAGCUUAAAUAGAGAAAACGCACCAUUUGGCAAUGGGUUGAGCUCGACCCGAGGGCGAGAGCCGGUGGUUUCUGUAGAGCAGCAUGGUAAUCAACAGCCCACCGAUAGAAAUGAGAAUGUGGUGGGGAACAAUGAAAACAGGUCUGUUAAUACUAGUGAUAAUGCGAGUAAUGUGAAGGAGAAAGAAGGGAAUGCAAAUGAUGCAUCGAAUAAGAUACCGAGCUUCUGGACUGCAUGUCCUUAUUGUUAUGUUAUGUAUGAGUACCCUUUGGAGUAUGUUGAUUGUACAUUUUCGUGUCGAAAUUGUAAGAGGGCUUUUCAAGCUGUGAGAAUUGCGUCCCCUCCACCAAUUAUUGAUGGAAAAGAAGCUUAUUUCUGUAGUUGGGGAUUUAUGCCUUUAGGAUUUUCCUUGGAGAAUUUUAAGAAUAGUGGAGAUAAUGUUUCGAGCUGGUCUCCGUUUUCGCCCAUGUUUACUUGUCCUGAGCUGGGGGGAAUCUGAAUAAUCAUGUUGCUAGAGGAAAGAAUGAUGAUGAUGUUGUGUUUGUUAAGAUAUGGAAGGCCAUUUCUGGAGAUACUACUCUUAAGGUAAUUUCUAGAGGAAGUUGACCUAGAGGAGGAGAAGAAGGAAGAGAGAAUCAAGCCCUUCAUUUCCAAAUUUACCUUUCCAUUCUUUUAUCAUGAUGAUAUGUUGUAGUAAUUUUCUUAUGAAGUAAACUUUGUGAUUUCCGUAGAUGAUGAAACUAAUUUGUAACUUGAUUUUGCAAACUAAUCCGUAAAGUGAUUCUGCUGACUUGA